GAACAUAAUGUCCGAAUUAAUGAGUGUAAAGAAGUGGCAAAGGAAGCGACUUGGUGUAAUCCAUAUUGUUUUCGUUAUAGGGUUUUUCUUUGAGAUCUAAAUGUGAGAUCUUGCUGCUUUUGUUUUCGGUAGCAGAGGAAAAGGGGGAUUUUGACUUUAUGUAUGCUUUCGGAAUCUGUAUUCAGCGAUUCUGGAGUUUAAAAUUUCCUUGAUACAAAAGUAGGCAUCUUUUAUGUGGAGUGAAAUGCAGCCUAAAUGUUAUAAAUGCUUCUACUACAACUCUUUCUGAUAAGUAUUAACCAUCUUGGUACUGUGCUGAUAUCAUGGAAUCUUUCCCGCGUGAAAAAGAGGAUGUACAUCCCGAACUCUUUCUAUGUUUAGGGUUGACUGAGCCAGGAAAAAGAGUUGAUGAAUUUCCAUGUGUGUUAACUCUUUUAUCUUCUGUUCUUGAGAGAAUUAUUCAUAAAAAUGAACAUAUCCUUGGAUCGAUGAAAACAGCAGAGAUUUUUACUGUGUUUCAUGGACUGAGAGCACCAAAUAUUGGUAUACAAGGCUAUAUUAAGCGCAUUUUUAAGUAUUCAAGGUGUAGUCCUUCUUGUUUUGUUCUAGCCUUCAUAUACAUCGAGAGGUUCCUUCUUCAGCUUGACACUUACCUUACUUCCCUAAAUGUUCACCGGUUGCUCAUUACGGGUAUAGCUGUUGCAGCGAAGUUCAUCGAUGAUGCAUUUUACAAUAAUGCUUACUAUGCUAGGGUGGGCGGUGUCACCACUACAGAGAUGAACAGACUGGAGCUGAACUUCUUGUUUAGCUUAGACUUCAAGCUUCAAGUUAGCAUAGGAACUUUCAGGAAAUACUGCUUACAGCUUGAAAUGGAUGCCACAAGUUAUCGCAUAGAAAGACCGGUCUGCAAGUUUAAAGAGUGGAGAAACAUUGAAGAUUCAAAUCACCAACCAUCUCUGGAGAGAUGCAGCUAGCUAGUAUACCAAGUAUUAGUAUCUGUUUAGUCUGUACAAGGUUCCAGACAUUUGUGCAUGAAUGACUUCUAUGUUGAAAUUCUGCAACUGGGUUAUGAUGAUAGGAGAACUAUGCCUCAAGGGAUUGCUGAUUAUGGCUGCUUGAAGAUUCAGUCAGUUGCUAUUUGUCUAGUAUGUCAAAUUCUAGCUUCGAAUGAGAAAAACUACAGUAGUUUUUUCUAUAAUUAUUUCUUUGCUUUUAUGUUGUUUCGGAAUGCUUUGAUUAAAUACAUUUUGCCUUUCUUUUUGUCA